AUGGGCUCUAAAAAGGCAAAACAGGAGGAUCUUGCCUCCUCCUGGUACGCCAAUCUAUGGGCUCCUCGAGUCGACCUCAUCGGUGACAUCGCCGGCAAGGAACCCUUUCUCGUUCACGGAGAGUCGCUGAUCCGACACUGCCUUGAGGAAUCUCCUCCCGACUUUCAAGAUGGCUUCCAGCUGCUCCAUGCUGUGUACGUCGUUGAAAGGUUCCUCAGCAACCUGCAGAAGAGAGGCUGCGACUUUGACAUUGUCUUCUUUCGAGACCUGAGGGAUCUUUGCGUGCCUCAUCUCUCCGGCUUUGAGUAUAAAUACCAAUACGCAAGAACCGUCAUCAUCAAGCAUCUACAGAGACAUGCUGAGGAGUGCGCGAGGAACGGUGCGAGAGCAUCCGUCCUGGAGUUUGACUCUGUCGAGAGCCAGGGGUUCCACGAGUACCUCGAGGGCUUGCCCACCCACUUUGUUCUAUGUCAUGAUGGUGUCGAAUCAGAAGAUGUCAAAGACACCAUCAUUUUGCGGAAUCUUAUCCGCUCUUUGCUAUGGCGUGGCAAGAAUGUAGCUAUCAUCAAUGCUCUUGAAUGGAAGAGCUCAAAGGCAUACGCACCUUUGCUGAGCAAAUUACCUGGAAACAUGCAGCCGUUUCCCAUCGGAAUGGAGUUUGAUUCUCCAUACACUUCGCUCUAUGAUGGAAUGAAUAAGUGUCUCCAGCCCAUAGACACCGAGCCUCAGGAUCUGACAGUUCGAGAACUCUUGGGCAUUACCGCCUGUCUAGCUCUGGCCAACUCAUCAGAGCAGCCCUUCAAGGAUUCAGAUCAUUUACAAGAGCAUGUCCAUGCAUUCCUCCUUCAUCUUGCAGUUCUCAGGCACUGUACCCUGCUUGAGCGUCAGCAUUGGGUCGGUCUCCAUCGUUCCAUCCCAGCUCUUGAGGAUCGCAAUUUCUUGCGUGGCAUCACCGAAGUAUCGUUGAUGUUGGUGGAGAAAGACGAGUGGACAGCAGACAUAAGUACCGCCGAAUGUACUUGGGAUUUGUUUGAUGCUAUUGAUGGGUCUUUGUUCCAUUAUACACUGGGCUCUCUUCGCUCCUGUCAGUGGCUUCCUGACCGAAUCAUCCAAUCAUGGCAGCAUCUUUGGUCAAUUUUUCACGCAGCAACAAAUGGACGGUUUCCCGAGGACCUUCCUAAGCUAACGAGGCUGGUGAAUGAGACGAAUUCGGACGGCGUGGAUAGUUUGCAAGUGUCGGCUUUGCCAUUCAGCCACCCUGUGUUGGAUGUCUUCCUCAGAGAUAUCAAGCUAAAAGAGAGUCAGGGAAUGCAGGACGCCUCCCUCCACUCCGUAUUUGAGGACCUUCACCAUUGGCAUAACACCAAGCUGUUACUGCCACCUCAAAAGACACAAAAACUCGGAUUCUUUGCGAGACGGAGGAUCCAAAAGCGUGUGGCCGACAUUGUGGCGUACUCGGCGAGCCUCACCAACGCAAGAGGCAAGCUCAUUGAGCCUGAGUCCAUCGUCGUGAAGAAGGCUGCGGCGCUUGCCCCGAGGAACAAGAAGGCCCCGACGGAGGGCUGCAACAGCAGCACGAGCCUCCAGCCUCAGCCCAAGUCCAAAAAGCCAGGGCGCCAUGCCAAUAAGCCUGGUGGCAGGGAGAGCGCACUGAGAGCUGCGCAGGAGAUCCAGGAGCGAAAAGCAUCAGUCAAGCGGGAUAGCAUAGUCGCGCUAUGGGCCAAUACUUGCCGAGAAAUCGAGAAAGAACAUUCUCUCUUGGCCCGCUAUCUCAAAGCCCUCAAGUUUCUGAACGAUCGCUCUAAAGUCGACCAUGUUGCUUUGGGAUCAGAAGUCCAUCUUUACCUGUGCCAUCUUCUUGGAAAGCUGUGGGCAAAGGCGCGAACAGGUACCAAGGCAGAAGCCGUUCAAAAACUGACACAAUGCCUCGAGAUUCCAGGUCUUUCUAUUACCACUGGGAGUCAGACACAGAGAUUAUCAUUCAACUUCGACUAUGACUCUCUCAAGGACAUUGCAAAGACCAUGACCGACUUCCAGCACCUGCAGCUUGAGUUUGCUGCCCCUUACAUGGAUCGACGCUUCGACUCCCAGCCGGAUCAGCGGGUGCCCUUCAACCCAGACGCAUGGCAAAUCAAAGUGCUCAAUUCCAUCGAUGCCAACAACAGCCUGCUAGUCAUAGCCCCGACUUCUGCGGGCAAGACAUUCAUCUCAUUCUAUGCCAUGAAGAAAGUGCUUGAGGACAGCGACGACGGUGUUUUGGUGUACGUCGCUCCGACCAAGGCCUUGGUCAACCAGAUUGCCGCUGAAGUUGCAGCGCGCUUUACCAAAAGAUACAAACAAGACGGCAAAUCUGUCUGGGCGAUAUAUACUCGCGACUACAGAAUUCAGAGCCCAACUGGAUGUCAAGUCUUGGUCACAGUCCCGCAUAUACUGCAGAUCCUCUUGCUUGCGCCGACAAAUGCCAAAGGCCCCAAUGCCUGGUCCAGGCGUAUCAAGAGAAUCAUAUUCGACGAAGUUCACUGCAUUGGCCAAGACGACGAUGGCGUUAUCUGGGAACAGUUGCUUCUAUCGGCUCCGUGUCCUGUCAUUGCCCUCUCGGCGACCAUUGGGAAUCCGGGCCCCUUUCAGGAAUGGCUCUCACAGGUCCAGAGAAGCAAAGGGCUUAAGCUAGACACAGUGGUGCACACAACUCGGUACUCUGAUCUACGAAAGUUCAUCUACAUACCACAUGAGCGUGAACCAUUUCAGGGACUUCGUCGUAUCAAGGCGCUUCCCGUUCCUGGCUUGGACGAAGGUGACAGAGCGUGCCCCGAGUUUGAAUUCAUUCACCCCGUUGCCGCUCUAACUGACAGGGCUCGCACAGCGCUUGAUGAUCUAUCUUUGGAGGCGAGAGACUGUCUGAGUCUGUGGAAAACAAUGAAACAGGUCCUCUCCAAGGAAGACUUUGCCAAAUUCGGUAUUCCGAAUCCCUCCUCCGCUCUGCCGGAGAUCAUUUCAAAAGCAGACGUCAUUCGAUGGGAGGCAGAUCUUAAACAAGCUCUUCGACGCAUCAUGGAGAGCUCAGACAAAGUGUUCCAGGAUAUCAGAAAGCAGCUGGAGAUGCGCUCGAUUGAAGGUGUUUCAGAUUCUGCGUCGCUUCAUGGCAAGAACAACAUAUUCCAUCUAGUCGUCGAUUUACAUAGCCAUGACGCCCUACCUGCUCUGGUUUUCCACUAUGACACUCAUGGUUGUGAGCAGAUUGUGAACGGGAUAUGGGCCAGCCUCAUAGAAGCAGAGGACAAGUGGAAAGAUAGCUCAAUCGAAUGGGCCCAGAAGUUGGAGGACUUUGCAGCGUGGAAGAAGGCUAUGAGCUUUCCGCGAACACUCACAGUGCGGCUGCAAAACAGAGGCAAAAACAGAGACGACGAAAGGAUGUCCAAGGACGAGCAGUUGCGCCAGGAGGCGAGCGUCGAGACCAGUCAUUGGGAGAGCUUCGACCCAAACGAUCCAUUGGAACGGUUCAGCUUUGCAGAUGCAACCAAGAUGCAAGCCUCUGAGGUAGACGGCAUAGUUCAACCCCUUCAAGGCAAAGUUAGCCCUUGGAUGACGGAGGCUCUUCGACGCGGUCUCGGCGUGCACCACUCCAGUCUGAAUCGCGAAUAUCGUCAAGCGGUCGAAGUCUUGUUCCGCAGAGGGUAUCUGAGGGUUGUCGUUGCCACUGGCACGUUAGCCCUGGGCAUCAACAUGCCCUGCAAGACGGUCGUCUUCCAUGGCAGCUCAGUAUUCCUUACAGCCCAAAACUUCAGACAGGCGUCGGGCCGUGCCGGGCGUCGAGGCUUCGAUCUUCUAGGGAACAUUGUGUUCAACCAGAUCUCACGGAAGCGCGUGUAUGAUAUCAUGUCGGCACGGCUACCGGGCCUCAAUGGCCAGUUCCCCAUAUCCACGACGCUUGUCCUGAGGCUGUUUUCGCUACUUCACGGGUCCGACAACUGCGACUUUGCAGCGAACAUGGUGCGGUCGCUGUUAUCCCAGACGCGCCUCUACUUGGGAGGACCGGAGUCGGAGAUGUCCAUCAAGCACCACGUCCGGUUUUCGAUCGAAUACCUUCGGAGACAGGACUUGCUUUCCGCUGCUGGCGUUCCCAUCAACUUUGCCAGCAUUGUAGGCCACCUCUAUUUCAUGGAAAACGCGGUGUUUGCCUUUCAUUCACUGCUUAGAGGCGGUUACUUCCACCGCCUCUGCGCAGAUUUGCACACGAACCCGGAGAAAAACUACGUGAAAUCGUAUGUCAGCCAUAGCUUGACCAAUACUAGAGAUCGGAUCCUGCCGUUUACCCAAACAAAAGUUGGCCAGGAUGAGCCGGUUCAUUGGGCGUCUGCUGACUCUAGCGCUGCGGGCAUGGUGCGAUCUCCUUUUGUUGCUCUCUCUGGAUUCACGGACAACUUCAAGACAAUCCACGAGCUGUGCCAGACGGUGCGUGGAGACGUCUUCUUGGAAGAAUCGGCCAUCCCAGCGAUACCAAUCUGGCCACACGAUACCAGCCAGGAGUUCAACGCAUACAUCUACGACUUUUACAAGCACGGCAGCAUGACCGUCCUGGUAAGGGACAAUGGCAUUCGGCGCGGCGAGGUAUGGUUCCAUCUCAAGGACUUCUCCCGCACCCUGAGCACCAUCAUCAGCAGUCUCACGGUUCUAAUGGAUGCCCGUGAUGGAGACGCGGAAGAGGAAUGUGAAGAGUAUGAGGGCGAGUUCCGCAGCAAGACGGAGACUACGAAUAGUGGAUCCAGCGAUGGCAGUUCUGACGAGGCAACGACUUCUCCUACCAGUGUUGAUGGCUUGGAUGGCACCGACUAUGCGUCCCUCGGUGGACAUACAAGGGGGAAGGGCCUUUACAGAGUGCUACAGGCAUUUAUUCGGCUGAGGGAUGAGUUUGAUGAGAAGUUCCGCGCGGAGUGGGCGUAG